AAAAUAAAAAACCUUUUGAAUAUUUAAAACCUCGUGGGUCUGUCUCGUCGUCAAGGUUAAAUCUGGGCUCCUAGAACUAGAGCCUGCGUCUUCAAUGUGAAUAGUACUUGGUCGUCAAUCUCUUCUACAAUCCCCCAAGGUCAGCUGCUUUGAGUUGACACCGAAAUCGGGGAGGAUAAUGGGUGAGAAUGCAAAAGGGGUUGCUGAAAGCAGCAGGGAUCAGAAACUAGAUGUUUAUAUAUGGGACAUGGAUGAGACUCUGAUACUGCUCAAGUCUCUGUUGACCGGAACGUACGCGGAGGGUUUUAAUGGGGUGAAGAAUGUACAAGAGGGUGUAGAAAUUGGAAAGAAAUGGGAGAAGCAAAUUCUAUCUCUAUGCGAUGAUCAUUUCUUCUAUGAACAGAUUGAGAACCACAAUAAACCCUAUCUUGAUGUCUUGCGCCGAUAUGAUGAUGGGCGGAAUCUUUCUGAAUAUGAUUUCAGCAAAGAUGAAUUUGGUCCUUCUUAUGAUGAUGAUGACAAAAGAAAACUGGCAUAUAGGCACAGAGUCAUAGCCCAUAGAUACAAACAGGGUUUGCAGAGUCUUCUUAAUCAAGAGACGACAAAAGACUUGGAUGAAUUGUAUGAUAUUACUGAUAAAUAUACAGAUAGAUGGCUCACGUCAGCACGCGUCUUCUUAGAAGAGUGUUCUGUCGGGAAUGGAGGCACAUCCGUUGUGGCUGCUGAUGGGAUAAAUGACUCUUCUGCUACAAAGCGUAUUCAUGUUUUAGUGACAUCUGGAUCAUUGAUCCCCAGCCUUGUCAAAUGCUUGCUCUUUCGACUUGACAAUAUGAUAGCUCAUGAAAAUGUCUAUAGUUCCUGGGAAGUGGGGAAACUACAAUGUUUUCAGUGGAUCAAGGCGCGUUUCAAUGGUCCAAAGGUCCGCUUCUGCGUAAUUGGGGAUGGAUGGGAGGAGGGUGAAGCUGCACAAUUGAUGCAGUGGCCAUUUAUUAAAAUUGAUAUGCGACCAGGCAGCUCUCACAGGUUUCCAGGCCUCACAUUGAGGACGGUAGGAUUUUACUUUUCUGUUGUAUAUGGGAAUUCUGAUGCUGAUGAUGAAAAAGAGUAAAUCACUGCCUUUGCAGUAGUGCUAUUUCUGGAAAGAUUCUUGUACAUAAAACAGACCAGACAUUGUUCAGUUAUGUCAAAAAAUAAUUUGCAUCGGUCAACUCACAUGAAUGAAGAUAACUAUAUGUAAGAGGCCAGAUUGAUUGUACUCUUGAAACAGAAGGGUAACAUUUCCUCCUAGAAAAUGCCUAUUGACCAUCAUUUUGAUUGAUUUAGGAUUUGUUUGAUGGACUCAUGAGAUGUUAUAGUGACUUCAAAAAUGAAGUGUGAAACUGUGAGGAGCAUGAAUAGCCCUCCCCUAAAGUUUAGGAGGAUUCUCUGUUAAAAUUCAUUCAUGGCCACUUCAAUUUGGCCCCUGAAAACAUUUGCCCAACGUCAGCAUGACUUAAAGAGUGGUCAUCUUUUCUUCUAGUGUCACUAUCCUGUAAUAUGAAUUUCCAUGUGAAGGUGCUGUCAUUAUUUCUAAUGUCA